GAGAGGUUUACCCUCUUCUUUGAUUUGUAAGGUUGUUCUAAGCCUCUGAUCAGGGUCUGCCUAACCCCUCAAAAAAGGGGGAUAAUGGAUCCUAGGUUGUACGAGUGUGCUUUGGUUGGAGAUAUGUUUAGGCUGAGACAAUUGAUCUCAGGAGAUGAGCAUAUACUGGAAAGAUCAGAAACAGCAAAUUCGAAUGGCAACAAUAUCUUACAUAUAGCAGCCAUCUACGGGCACGUCCACUUUGCUCGUGAAGUACUGAGUGCAAAGCCGGAGCUGUCAAGCGAUUUGAAUGAAGCAGGGUUCUCCCCACUUCAUUUGGCUGCAGCCAAGGGGCACUUGGGCAUCGUCAAGUUGUUGCUGGCCGUAGAUCCCGACCUCUCUUGUUUGAAGGACAAGCAUGGCCGACUUCCGGCACAUACUGCAGCCAUGAAGGGCAGAGUGGAUGUGCUGAACGAGAUCAUGUCUGUCAACCCCUGGUGCCUCCAGGAAAAAACUGAUAGAGGAGAAACCGUCUUGCAUUUGAGCGUGAAGGAGAACAGGAUAGGAGUCGUGGAGUUCUUGAUGUCAUUGCAGGAGGUCAAAAAUAUGGUCAAUGAGGAAGAUUGCUGCGGCAAUACCGCUUUGCAUUUGGCAGCGGCAAGAAACCGAAGAGAGGUAACUAGAAUUCUUAUCAGCAAUAGUCACGUGGACCUGAACGCCUCGAAUAAGUACAACGUCACUCCACGUGAACUCCUUAACCGGCCACUAACGAGGGGCACAGGAAGCGAGGACGACGAAAUGGUGAAGCUUCUCAGCCCUAGCGACGCGUCAGUGUCCAUAGAGCCCGCUGUUGCGCCCUCCCACAAUCCAGCGUCCAUAGUACCCGCUCCCACUGAUCACUCCAUUGAAGCUAAAACAGGGCGAGCUUGGAAAGCACGGGCCAAGCUAGCAGACAACACGAUCAUAGUGGCUAUCCUGAUAGCGACAGUGACGUUCCAGGCGGCCCUAACACCUCCCGGUGGCUUUUGGCAAGACGACUCAGCUGAUCUCACCAUGAAAACAUGCAAAGGGACCGCCGGCACCGCGGUUCUCUGUGCGACUACUUAUGACCAAUUCAUGAGAUUUGACAGUGCUGCUUUCCUGUCUUCCUUGUUUGUCAUCUUCUUUCUGGUACUUUUGAAGUCUGCCGUAUUUCCGGAACGCAUCAUGCUUGCUGGUUUAAUAUUGAAUAUCGUUUUGGCCAUUGUGUAUCUAGUUUUAGCAUUUUACUAUGCCAUCAAAGCCACCAAACCAUCAGGGAGUGAUACAAGCGAGAUAUUUUUAAAACAACUCAUGUGGCUUUGUAUUGGAUAUUUCGGCGGUCUAUUACUUCUUUCCCCCUGUAUUAUCGCUGCCACAUAUUUCAAACGCAAGCUAUGUUCGCCUGGGACUUAGAUGAUGCCAAUUUCAGCUCCUCCCGUUCUGUU